AUGCCACCAAGAACCUUGAGCCAUGAAGCGUACAGAGUAGGAUGGAUAUCUCCGUUGGAGGUGGAACAGAUCGCGGCGAUGCUGAUGCUGGACGAAGAGCACAAACCUCUACCGCAAAUGCCCGCGGAUCACAAUGUCUACAAGCUUGGAAGCAUUAACAACCACAACGUUGUUAUCGCAGGUCUCCACCAGCCGGGUAAUUGCCCCGCAGCUACUGUCGUCGCGCAGAUGAGGAUGACAUUUCCGAACCUCAGGUACGGCCUACUAGUUGGUAUUGGCGGCGGAGUGCCGAUAAAGACGGAUAACGGGAUGAUCCAAUUAGGCCAUAUAGUGGUCAGCAAACCGACAAGCACACACUCUGGUGUAAUACAAUAUGACCAUGGAAGAGCGAGGGAGGGUCACUUUGAGCGGAUAGGCACCCUUACGCCACCUCCGGUAGCCCUCCUAAAUGCUGCACAAUCCCUAUCAGUGCAACGAGCGAUCGUGGACCGCGAUCCUAUUUGGGAAGAUAUAAAGAGAACGCAAACAAGCCGCCGAAGACUUUCACGCUUCAUAUCUCCCGGUAUUACGAAUGAUCAUCUACACCAAUCAGAUUAUAUACAUCAACAGGCGGGGGUAUCUUGCGAGGAUGGUGGAUGUGACCCAGGGCAGCGCAUUGAGAGAGCUAUGGAUAAUAGCGAGGAGCCUUUUAUUGUUGUGCACCGAGGGACGAUUGCGUCGGGGGAGUUAGUGGUGAAGGAUGCUAAGCUAAGAGAUCGCUUAGGGAAGCAGCAUGGGCUGCUAUGCUUCGAGAUGGAGGCGGCAGGAGCCCUUGCCAAUUUUCCAUGCCUCGUUAUCCGUGGUAUCUCUGACUACUGCGACUCCCACAAGAAUGACCAGUGGCAUGGAUACGCGGCUGCGGUAGCGGCCGCAUAUGCGAGGCGGUUGUUCUUUCACCUGCCAAUCGAAGUGACGCAAAAACUGCAACGGGAUUCGGCUGCGUCGGGUGAGGAGACCGUUCCACACGAUGGGCAGUACGGGCAAGGAGGGCCUGGUUACAACUCCCGCCAAACCAGUAGGCCAGUUGACUCUGGACCCAAAACUGUAAUUUUCGGCGCCUCUGACAAUUCCAACCCUCGGUCAGCGCAGAAUUACGAGACAAAUAUUGCACAGACGGCAAAUUUGGAUGAUAGGACACUGGUCGGACUGCUUCACAGGGCGGGAUUCCAUGCAAGAACACUGCAUGAGGCCGUAAAGAAUGGGCUUGUGGAGGUGUUGCUGAAGGAUGGAGCCGAUGUCACAAGUCCAGAUGACGAUGGCUGGGCGCCAAUCAACCUAGCCGCAGGCAGCGGGCACGAAACUGUGACGAGGCUGCUUAUAGAGAAAGGCGCCGACCUCGAGGCGAAGACCAAGUUAGGCAACACCCCGCUCUUGGUAGCUGCACUUAUGGGGCAUGAGGCCGUGGUGCGUCUGCUGCUUAGUAAAGGCGCCGACAUUGAGGCGAAGGACAAGAUUGGCGACACAGCGCUCUUGCUGGCUGUGCACAAGGGACACGAGGCUGUGGCGAAGCUACUAGUGGAGAGUGGCGCAAACCUCGAGGCACAGAAUAAGGAUGGCGACACACCACUCUUGCUAGCUCUACACAGGGGCCAUGAAGCCGUGGCAAGUCUGCUGGUGGAGCAAGGCGCCAACCUCGAGGUGAAGGAUAAUUAUAGCAGGACGCCGCUCUUGCUGGCUGCAAAAAACGGGCUCGAGACUAUGACAAGGCUGCUAUUAGAGAAAGAUGCCAACGUCGAUACGAAGGACGUCUUUGGCGACACAUCGCUCCUGUUGGCUGCAGAAAACGGGCAUGAGGCCGUGGUGAGGCUACUGGUAGGGACAGGCGCCAACUGUGAUGGAUGUGUUGAGGUAACAAAGGCGGAGACGAGGACGGCCGGCAGAUAUCGCCAGAGUUAUCCUUACCAUACUAGAUUUGCGUGA